UCCUAAAGCAAAAUAAUAAACAAAAAGCCUCCUCAAUGGAUCGUGUUUUGACCCACGUCCCCGAUUGCCUCCUGCAAAUCGUCACGAUGUUGACGACAACGCACGAAAGACAACACUUUUUAACGUUGUGGGUACGCCAUCGUGAUGCGUGCGGUAAAUUGUCGGUCCUUCCCGACCCUCCGACCCACCACCACCGCCGCCGCUGUAAAUUCGUGAGGGAAUAUGUGUCAUUGCGGUGGAUUUUUUUGGUGCGCCCGCGUGACUUUUUUUACAUCGCCUUUCGACGUGAAAGGCGUAAUUUUAUACCGCAUUGCAAUGCCGCUGCAAUGACAAGAAGAGGGCGGAGGAAGGAAAAAAAAGGGCGCGAACGUGCGAGCGCGCGGCGCACAUGGACUCUCCCUGCGCGAACCGGUUGCAACCGGUUCCCGCGCGUCCGUCCGACGAGCGACUUCACUUGAGGGGAGGGGAAUAUUGAAGGGGAAAGAGACGAAGUGGAGAAGAGAGGCGUUGGUGGAACAGCAACAACAGCAGCAGCAAACAGCAGCGGCGGGCGGGAGACACACGCGGGCGGCCUCCAGCUUGCACCACCGGGUGGGUCUCACCACACGCGGGGCAACCACUGCCGAGAAGUUCUGAAAAAAAAAUUGGAAACUUAUUGUAAAACCCAUGCCAGCCAUUAUGACCAUGUUGGGAGACCACGCAGCUCGGCAGCUGCUGGACUUUGGCCAGAAGUUGGACAUUGGUUUGCUAGACAAUGUGGUCAGCUGUCUGUAUCAGGGAGAAGGUCCACAGCAACGUGUGGCCCAAGAGGUCCUAACGCAGCUCAAGGAGCACCCCGACGCGUGGACUCGGGUUGACACCAUUCUCGAGUUUUCCCAGAACAUGAACACAAAGUACUAUGCUUUACAAAUAUUGGAGAAUGCUAUAAAAACCCGCUGGAAGAUUCUUCCAAGAAAUCAGUGUGAAGGAAUAAAGAAGUAUGUUGUUUACCUUAUAAUUAAAACAUCACAAGAACCUCAAACAAUGGAGAAAGAAAAGGUUUACCUAGGAAAAUUAAACAUGAUUCUUGUUCAGAUUCUGAAGCAAGAGUGGCCCAAAAACUGGCCCACAUUUAUCAGUGACAUUGUAGGUGCCAGCCGCACAAGUGAAUCGUUAUGUCAGAACAACAUGGUCAUUCUCAAGCUUCUCAGUGAAGAAGUAUUUGAUUUUUCAAGUGGACAGCUCACACAGGUCAAAGCCAAGCACCUCAAAGACAGCAUGUGCAAUGAAUUUUCUCAAAUAUUCCAACUCUGUCAAUUUGUGAUGGAAUCUUCGCAGAAUGCUCCACUUGUCGCAGCCACACUUGAAACUUUACUUAGGUUUCUCAACUGGAUUCCACUUGGCUACAUAUUUGAAACAAAACUAAUAAGCACCUUGGUAUAUAAGUUUCUGAACGUGCCAAUGUUCAGAAACCUGACGCUUAAAUGUUUGACGGAAAUUGCGGGGCUCACUGUGGUUCAGUAUGAGGAGCAAUUUAUCACCCUCUUCACACUCACCAUGAUCCAGCUCAAACAGAUGCUUCCGCUCAACACAAAUAUCCGGUUAGCAUACUCGUCUGGGAAGGAUGAUGAGCAGAACUUCAUCCAAAAUUUGAGCCUGUUCCUGUGCACAUUCCUCAAGGAGCACGGUGCCGUAGUGGAGAAGCGCGCUGAUCUUCGUGAAACCCUCAUGGAGGCUUUACACUACAUGGUGCUGAUCUCGGAGGUGGAGGAGACUGAGAUUUUCAAGAUCUGUCUGGAGUAUUGGAAUCAUCUGGCGUCCGAGCUGUACAGGGAGAGCCCCAUGCCAAAUUCUCCCUCGCCACUUUUGUUGGGUAACCACCACCCAGAAGUGCCGCCCAGGCGCCAAAUUUACUUACCCGUCCUUUCAAAGGUGCGGCUCAUCAUGGUGAGCCGCAUGGCCAAGCCCGAAGAGGUGCUGGUUGUAGAGAAUGACCAGGGAGAGGUGGUGCGUGAGUUUAUGAAGGACACAGACUCAAUCAACCUCUACAAGAAUAUGAGGGAGACACUUGUGUACCUUACUCACCUGGAUUACGUGGACACGGAGCGCAUCAUGACAGAGAAGCUGCACGCACAGGUGAAUGGCACGGAGUGGUCAUGGAAGAACCUCAACACGCUGUGCUGGGCCAUCGGAUCCAUCAGUGGCGCCAUGUACGAGGAGGACGAGAAGCGCUUUCUGGUCACCGUCAUCAAGGACCUCUUGGGACUUUGUGAGCAGAAGAGAGGGAAGGACAACAAGGCUAUCAUCGCCUCCAACAUCAUGUACAUUGUGGGGCAGUACCCUCGUUUCCUGCGUGCGCAUUGGAAGUUUCUCAAGACUGUCGUCAACAAGCUCUUUGAGUUCAUGCACGAAACGCAUGAUGGGGUGCAGGAUAUGGCCUGUGACACAUUUAUCAAGAUUUCCCAGAAGUGCAGACGGCACUUUGUGCAGGUACAAGUUGGAGAGGUGAUGCCUUUCAUUGACGAGAUCCUCAGCAGCAUCAACACCAUCAUCUGUGACCUCCAGCCACAGCAGGUGCACACAUUCUAUGAAGCGGUGGGAUACAUGAUCAGUGCCCAGACAGACCCCAUUGUGCAGGAGCACCUGAUAGAGAAGUACAUGUUACUGCCCAACCAGGUGUGGGACAGCAUCAUCCAGCAAGCCACCAAGAACGUGGACAUCCUCAAGGACCCAGAGACGGUGAAGCAGCUUGGAAACAUCCUGAAGACAAAUGUGCGGGCGUGUCGUGCGGUCGGGCACCCGUUCGUCACACAGCUCGGGCGCGUUUACUUGGACAUGCUGAACGUCUACAAGUGUCUAAGCGAGAACAUUUCAGCUGCCAUCCUUGCCAAUGGUGAGGUUGUUACAAAACAGCCCCUUAUCCGUAGCAUGCGAACAGUCAAAAAAGAAACCCUGAAACUCAUCUCAGACUGGGUCAGCCGCUCCAAUGAUCCCAAGCUCGUGGCAGACAACUUUGUGCCACCCCUCCUGGAUGCUGUGCUCAUUGACUACCAACGCAAUGUGGCAGCGGCUCGGGAGCCGGAGGUCCUGAGCACAAUGGCGACCAUAGUCAACAAGCUGGGCGGGCACAUCACCGCCAGCAUCCCACAGAUCUUCGAUGCCGUCUUCGAGUGCACUCUCGACAUGAUCAACAAGGACUUUGAAGAGUUCCCUGAGCACCGAACUAACUUCUUCCUGCUGCUGCAGGCAGUGAACUCGAACUGCUUCCCAGCUUUCCUUAACAUCCCACCUGCUCAGUUUAAGUUAGUGCUUGACUCCAUCAUCUGGGCUUUCAAGCAUACAAUGAGGAAUGUUGCAGACACUGGGCUUUCUAUCCUGUAUGCAUUGCUACAGAAUGUUGGACAGGAAGCAGUAGCUGCGCAAAGCUUCUACCAGACUUACUUCUGUGACAUCCUGCAGCACAUUUUCUCAGUGGUGACAGACACCUCGCACACUGCGGGCCUGACAAUGCAUGCCACCAUCCUGGCCAACAUGUUCAGUCUGGUGGAGGAGAAUCGGAUAACGGCACCACUUAACCCUACGAGCCCUGCGAUCUCAAAUCAGCCGUUUAUCCAGGAGUAUGUCGCCAACCUCCUGAAGUCUGCCUUCCCACACUUGCAGGAUGCACAAGUAAAGGUCUUCGUAACCGGGCUCUUUAGCCUAAAUCAAGACAUCCCAGCAUUUAAAGAGCAUCUGAGAGACUUUUUGGUACAGAUAAAGGAAUUUGCAGGGGAGGACACGUCAGACCUUUACCUGGAAGAGCGUGAGCAGUCCCUGCGUCAGGCCAAUGAUGAAAAGAGGAAGAUCCAACUGUCAGUUCCUGGGAUCCUCAACCCCCAUGAGAUGCCUGAGGAGAUGUGUGACUGACCCUGUCCACCUCAUUGGGCCAAUUGAGUCAAAUCACACCCAAAAUCUCAAACAGCAGCAGGUGUUAGACUCCAGUGCCGACCAACCCAGCCGGGCGCGUUUCCUCCAAGUGCCUGCCUUCAGAACAAAUGGGAGAUGCCAGUGCUGAUGCUGGAAAUAGUUUUUUUAUACCUUUUUUAAUUUUGUGUUUGAAAAAGUUAACUGUUGGUUCCCAAUUCUCACCAUCUCCCAUAGCCCCCACAUGCCAAUAUAAAAUGUGCAUAUGUUCCAUUUAAUCGGUUUUAUUUUACUGGAGGUAAUACAUUAGAAGGCAGAAGAAUAACAUUGGAAUAUUUGGAAAUAAAAUUCCCCAAGACCAAUGAAUUAUGUAAUAUAUAGAAUGUUUCUGAAACUUCGUAAAUAAAAUUAUCUCAAUGAUACUUCAGCAGACCUUGUGGGUAUCACAACAGCCUUUCCUUAAUAUCUGAUUAACAAUCCCACUUGUACACGUGCACAUUAGCACUAGUUUUGGUAUUGAACUCGUUAUGAUGUAUAGACAGUGUGAAAUCAAUGUUUCAGAUAAUUGCACUGAGAUUUAAAACCUGGUUUUGACAGCUAGAUGUGAAGAAAACUGCUAUACUGCUUAUGCUCAGCUAAAUUUUUGAGCAUUUGAAUAGUAGAUCGUGAAAUGCAUAAGUUUGAAUUAUAGCUCCUACAAAACUGUUUCAUUCUUCAUUGCAGAUUCAUGUCCACUGCAAUAUCUUUUUGUCCAGAUCAUGAAUGGGUAUUUUUCCAUUUGGUGUUAUCUUUGGCCAUCUGUAUAAAUCUCCAUUCCCUUGAUGGUGUCAAGGCAGUUUUACCGAGGUUCCCUUUGUUACCAUUUGUUUCUUAUUUAAUAACUGUUAUUUUUUCCUUUAUCUAGGCUGUUUUCUUUCAUACAACUUGCUUACUGUAAAUGAUAAGGGCUGCAUUUACUGUACUACAGCAAAACUGCGUGGUUUGUCACCACCAUACACAGCUGUGUAACACUACUUCAGGGGGUCUCCAAAGAUGGUGAGAUGAGCAUGGUGUUGUCGCAUGCAGGGACAGAAAAUGCCAUAUUCAAUUGAGCCAUUUAUAGACAUCCCUUCACCUGAGUAAAGCAUUGUAUUCAAUGUUGUGUCCCUCGUUUCCAACCUAACUACUGUGUGACUAAAAUAAAAGUACUGAAUUGUAUUAAGUUUUCAAAAUAACAAUUUCAACCAUCGGCCAACUACCUUUUUGGUAUUCACAGUUGGUAUUCACCAAAUUAUCCUUUGGUUAACUGGAAGUAAAACUGAACACUUGUUUGGUUUGUACCUACCCUUGGCACUAGCUUUAACACAGGUGAAUGUUGGUCUUUUUCCAAUUGUUUCCAUACUAGCAGUGCAAACCAUUUGCAGUGCAUAAAAUGCCUUCCUCGCUAGCCUGGCUUUACAAUACUUGCCCCCUUCAAUUUGGAUAGCAGUUGAGAUGUGAACCCCUGCACUGCUUGACAUGCCAUGCAGAGGAUGACCAUUGCUCUUACUCAUUAAAAGUAAAUUUAUUGUGAUUUGCCGUGGUACUCAUGACAUAUAUGCUCUAUAUCACGUAAGUAGAUAUUAUUUAUUUGGCCCCUUUUUUACAUCUGGAGAUAUGUAUGGAAUGUAGUUUUGAAUGUAAUGUGUAAUGUAGUACUGUAAGUUUAUUUCUCAGCUAGGCCACGCAUUUUCAGUAUUUGAAUGAGUCAGGCGUGGGAGGGCUGUGUGUAGCGCGAACACAUGAAUGCAGUUGUGCUUUUUUAAUCAAUGGUUGCAACCUCAGUAUGUUGGCUUGCAUUUUCUGUUGUAUACGGAUAAUUGUUUUGACAUUUUAAAAAUGUGUUGCAACUUGGUUUGAACGUGGUUGGGCAGCAUUCUUUAAUUGGAGUGCUGAUAUGUAAAAUCUGGUAUAUAUCCCAUUUAUGGGAUUAAUAAAAGUAGAAACUUGUCAGAUUGUGUCUAACGUGUCCCUCUUACAGGCUGAAGCAUAUCACAAAACAUAAGCUCUUUAAAUUAGUUUUACAUACAAAUUAUUUUAAAUGUAAAAAAUACAACUGGUUAUUGUUACAUACUGUCAGUAAGAAAACUGUCUGAUUUCUCAACAUCACCUGAACUGUUUGGAUUUAUUGUUAAUAUACAACUUUUGACAAACAUUGCAUCAACAUUGUACAGUCAUGUUUUAUAAGGUUUUUAAAGACUUAGAACUGACAUUAGAAAUCAGUUUCCAUCAAUUACAUAUGCUACAUUUGAUUAAAAUGCUUCAUUUCA